UUGGAGAUGACCGACACACGCAUGCAUAUUUCUUGUGCUUUGAGACAGCUGCCUGAACUGACCACACCCUCUGGUCCUCAUGAUCAGCACUGCGCCUCCUCCUCCAACGGAAGUUUACGGUUGCCUAGCAACGGUAGUGCUUGACUGUCGGUGAUAAUACUGCGCCGGUCCAAUGCAGAGCACUGGAGAUGAAGAAGGCUCCAGCCAAGAGGAGAGACACGGCGAGCUGCAGAAUGAAAGUGACGAAGCCACAGAGGACUACGGAGCUACUGCCCCACCUGCUCAAGAGUUUGGUUCACAGGAUAGGUCAGGACCAGAACUUCACCCUGACCACAGUGGUGCUGAUGAACACUCCCCUGUAGUCACAAAUUCAGAAGACAUGGAGGAUCAGGAGCUGCAGGAGGAUGAGGACGAGUUCAUUGUUCUCAACGCUGAACAUCCCCUGGUCAAAAGGCAGCAAGCUGCUCUGAGCGGCCAGCUCAACAAGCAGCUGGAAAGGAUCAACCUGAGACUGAAGGAAAAGCUGGCAUUGGAGAAGACAGAUGCCAACCAUAUUCUGGAGACAGGUGUUGAGAUGUUCAGGAUUCAGGAGCAGCUGGCCAGGCUUCAGACCAGGCUGGAGGACCGUCAUCAUACCAAGGAACAGGCUGAAGCUAAACACCAGCAGGCACAGUUUCAGCUGGAGGAAAUGAAGAGCCAGUAUUCCAAUAUUACAAACCAGGACAACAAAGCCAAAGCCAGUGUGUCCCAACUACAGACGGAGAUAGACAACCUGAUGCUACAUCUGAUCUUUACACAAGGAGUCAGUGAAGAUCUGCGUUCUAACAUCAAAGCUAUGAAGAAUGUCAGACGUAAAGCAGGAGCUGAGAAGAACCAGGCUGAAGAGCAGAAAUUGAAGCAGGAUUUGUAUAUAGAGCGUCUCACAAAGGACAUGGAGAGGCUGACGCAGCAGAUAGCUAUGUCUGAGGCCCAAGUCAGUGCUCAAGCAGAGGAGACGCAGGCAGCUAAAGAGGCUCUCUCUGAGGCUGAAAUGGAAAUGGAGUCUGUGGCUAUGGCACGUAAACAGCUGCUGCAACAGUGGAGCAGCAGCCUAAUGGGAAUAGGAAGACGAGAUGAGGCCUUCAGUGCGAUGCAGGAGGCCGUGAGCACCAUCAAUCACCAGCUGAUCUUGCUGGACAGAGAGACUGAAGGUUACAAGAAAUCCAUCACUGAAGAGCAGGAGAAAAAUGAAACACUAACUAUGCAGCUGAACUGGUCCCAGAUGGACUGUACCGCCUCCAAAAAGCUGAUCAGUCAGAAGCAGGCCCAACAAGAGGCUCUGCAGAGCCACUACAGCACCUGCCUCCUCACACUAAGGGAAACAGAGCUCACCCUCGCCAGACUCUCCAAGGAAACCAGUACCCAGCAGGCUGAAGUGAACGAUCAGAGGAGGCAGCUGGAGAAAGAGAGCACUGUACGUCUGGAGUUAGAGGACAAGAUCAUGACCCACAUGCAGCAGAAGCUCACCCACAACAGGGCUGCCAAAUACUCGCAAAGGCUCACCAGCAAAAUAUCCACGCUCAAGAAGGAGAAGAUCUCUCAGUUGUGGCAGCUGGAGAACAAUAUAGCGGCAGUGGGACUGGAGAGCAGUGAGGUCAGCCAACAUCUGGACAGCCUGGCUCUCACCCAGGAGGCCCUAGAUGAGGAGAUCACAAAGUACAACAAGUUACUGACAUUUAACCAGGAUAAUAUUUCCUCCUUUAUUACCCACAUCAGACAGAAGCAAGACACUAUCACCAACUAUAACAAAAAGAUCCAUCAAAUCACAGCCAGCACUGGGCACGAGGACCUGAGUCCUCUGCAAAUCAAGAUACAGGCAUUAAUGGCUCAGACUGAGGAGCUGGCAGCAAAUAUCAAGAGUGACCAGCAGCUCUGGAUGAAACGACAGCGGACUCUUGUUGAACUGACCCAGGAGACAGAAGCCAACAGCAAGAACAUGCUCAAACUGCAGGCCGAGUACACUGGCAUGCAGCAGAAGAAAAUACGCUUGCAGGGUCAGACUGAAGCAGAGCUGUGUGAGGAGGUGGAGCUGGAGAGGAAUGUGAAGAUGCUGAGAGGAGACCUGCUGAAGCUCAACACUCUGCUGAGCAAGAACGGACAGCUCAGCCUGGUGCUGGAGCAGGAGAAUGCACUGACCGAGACAGACUUCCUUUGCAGACUUAAGGAGGCAGAGCGGGAGUCUAUUGAAAUGCAGAUGAAACUCGAGAGGACCCAAGAGGAAAAAGAGAGACUACUCAACAGUCUGGUGGAGGCUGAACGGCAGAUUAUGCUGUGGGAGAAGAAGAUACAACUUAUGAAAGAGACUCGUUCAGCUGUGGACUCAGAUGUGGGAAAGGGAGACAUCCAGAUGAUGAAGACUGAGAUACACCAUAUGGAGGUGCGACUCAACCAGCUGCUCAAGCUGCAGGAGCAGUUGCUGAGGGAGAGUGAAGCAACAGUGGCAAGGAGGGAGACCAUUGUUCUGCGUCGCGAGGCCAUGGCCCACAGCUCCCACAAACAGACUACAAAGGGCGAGCUGAAGCGCAUCGUACAGGGCCUGCAGCGCAACAUCCAGGACACACGCAAGCGUGUGGCAGAGUGUGAGCAGAUGAUCAAGGAGCUACAGGAGAGCCAGGUGAGUGUGAGCAACAGGCUUGAGCAGCAGAAGCAGCAGCUGAUAGAACUAUGCGGCACAAGUUACGUCCUUGACCCUGACUUCGUUAAUCUCCAGGACAGCAAAGACAGGAACCUUGCUCUCCUCGUGGCUCUACAGAGCCAGACCAAGAGGUUGCAGGGGGUGCGCGAAGGCAGCUACCAAGCCUCGUCCACCAGCGAAUCCGUUGGAGCUGCUCUGCAGUGCCAGAUGGAGCAUAUGCAUGCUACCAGCACCAUCUUGCACCACGUGUGUGAAGAGUUCCCCCAGCACCAGGGGGCGCUCCGCAGGCUGUCGCUAGCAUUGGCAGCACGCCCUCAGGCCCUGGAGUAGGACGUUUCCUGAUGAGUGGAGAACAAAGACAUGACAGUGAGUACAGAGGUGGAGAGGACGGAAAGGGAGUAAAAGUGAAGUGAAGUAGAAGUGACGAUGAGAGGGAAGUGUUUAGAGAAGUGACUAAUGGGGAGGUCAUUUAUUUUAUUGUUUGUGUUUUGUUAUGCUUUGAAUGAAACACUGAUUGUAAAACAAUGUAAUAAAAUAAAGAAACAGCAAUACAAAUAA